CAUGUUUCUCCUCUCCUGUCACGAUCUAGUUGUGUUCAGUCUCCCCAGGUUCUUACCUUGCUACUGCUUGGCCCUUGUGCGGUGAAAAAAUGGCCGGCUAUCACACAGACAGCCCUUCACCCUCCGAUGGGACCGAGAAACCAGAUUACCAUGCCCAACAGCGAACGCUCUCCCCCAUCGAUGGCACUGACAUCCGAGCCGCCCAGUUCGAAGAUGGCUCGCGACUCCAUCGAGGUCUCAAAGCUCGUCACAUCACAAUGAUUGCUAUCGGUGGUGCUAUCGGCACUGGAUUGAUCAUUGGUACCGGCCAAGCACUCGCUCGCGCAGGCCCUGGUUCAAUCUUCAUUUCAUAUACCGUUGUCGGAUUCAUUGUAUACCUGGUCAUGUGCGCUCUUGGUGAAAUGGCCGCCUGGCUUCCACUGCCUUCCGGUUUCACUGGCUAUGCAACUCGCUUUUGCGAUCCUGCUCUCGGCUUCGCUCUCGGUUACACCUACUGGUUCAAAUACAUCAUUGUCACGCCAAAUCAGUUGACGGCCGGCUCGCUCGUCAUACAAUACUGGGUCGACCGCGAUCAAGUCAAUCCCGGGGUGUUCAUCGCCGUCUUCUGGAUCGCAAUUGUCUCUAUCAACUACUUCGGUAUCCGCUUUUUCGGCGAAUUUGAAUUCUGGCUCUCAACCUUCAAAGUCAUCGUGGUCAUUGGAUUGAUCAUCUUGUCCUUGGUUCUGGCCUUGGGAGGAGGACCUGACCACGACCGUAAAGGAUUCCGAUAUUGGAGUGACCCAGGCGCAUUUGCAGAAUAUAUCGACACCGGAGCGACCGGUCGAUUCCUCGCAUUCUGGUCAACGAUGGUGACAGCGACAUUCGCCUAUCUGGGCACGGAAUUGGUCGGCGUUACUGUUGGGGAGUGCCAGAAUCCGAGGAAAAACAUCCCGCGCGCCAUCAAGCUCACCUUCUAUCGAAUUGUGAUCUUUUAUUGCUUAUCGGUUCUCUUGCUGGGUAUGCUUGUCCCCUACAACUCUAAGGAGCUAGCUUUUGCCACCAAGGCUUCCAGCUCGGCUUCCGCAUCUCCAUUUGUCGUCGCCAUCAAACUUGCAGGCAUAAAAGCUCUUCCUGGCAUCGUCAACGCCUGCAUCCUGUUGUUCGUCUUCUCGGCUUCCAAUUCUGACCUUUACAUCGCCAGUCGGACGUUAUAUGGUCUGGCAAGUGAAGGAAAAGCACCAGCCUUGUUCCGGCGAACUGACAAACGCGGCGUGCCUCUCUACGCUCUGGGCUUGUCGGCAGCCUUUGCUCUCUUGGCCUUUAUGAAUGUCUCGGAUGACUCAAAAACAGUCUUUUCCUACUUCGUCAAUCUUACCACCAUCUUCGGACUGCUCACCUGGAUUUCCAUCCUCGUCACACAUAUAUAUUAUGUUCGAGCACGCCGGGCACAAAAUGUCCCUGAUACGGCCCUCGCAUUCAGGACCCCCCUUGGGGUAGCCGGGUCUUAUGGAGCUUUGUCUCUGUGUAUCCUCAUCGCAAUCACCAAGAAUUUCAACGUCUUUGUCCAUUCCGAUGAUUAUGGCAACUUUGAUUACAAGAAUUUCAUAACUGGAUACUUGGGGAUCCCUUUGUAUCUGAUCCUCAUCUUUGGGUACAAGCUGUGGACAAAGAGCAAAGGCCUCAAGCCUCAUGAGGCGGACUUAUGGACCGGCAAGGACAUUAUCGAUCGCGAGGAAGAGGAGUUCUUAGCAGCGAAGCGUGCCAAACAGGCAGAAAAAGGAGGUAAACGGGGUGCCAACUGGUUUUACAGAACCUUUGUAUCUUGGCUAUUCUAGAAGUAAAAAUCGAGAUAGUCCAGAUAUGUAGCGUAUGUUAUCUAGUCUGCU